AUGGGUAUCCAGCAAGGAGAUCAGGCAGGACCAGCGACUCCGUCAAGAAGUAUUGAUCCGUUGGUUCAAAAAUUCGGCCAGCUUAAUGUGUUGGAUGAUUUGAUUCGUCUUCGAGCAGCAGAUGUAAUCCAAUAUCCUAUUCUCGCAUAUCCAACUUCUAAAAAUGAUGCGACAAAUUACGAUUACUAUAGUGGUCAGGAUCUAGAUGAGAUGAUAGAUCAGAGAGUUUCAACACUGAUAGAGGAUGGCUUCAGACCGUCCCAGAGAGACGGGUGUAUAGUAGCCAUCCUUGCUCUGUCUGACUUGCAUAUGGUUGUGACCUUUUUUGCGCUCACUCGACUGGGAUACACGGUCAUGAUGCUCUCACCCCGUCUAUCAGGAGAAGCAUGUGCAUCCUUACUUGAAGAGGUCGGAUGUGAGAGUAUCAUUUAUGGCAAUACAGCAGCUAUUCGCACAACCAUGGGCCACAUCAUUCAAAGAAAGCCAAUGGUUUGUCGUCCAAUGCCUGUCCAUUUUGAAGAAAAAUCGGAAGAUUCUCUGCUAGUACUUCACAGAAGUCGCAACUCUGCGAAGCAAAGAAGCAAAGUCGCCUUGGUAUUACAUUCAUCGGGGUCAACUGGUACCCCAAAGCCAUUAUAUCUCACACAUCAGGCCUUGAUGACCCAUCCAUUGAGGGGACCAGGCCUGACAUCAUUCAAUCCACUCCCUUGGUAUCAUCUUCAUGGGCUUUCGACUGCACUUCAGGCCAUGUGGAUGAGGAAAACAGCUUUCAUGUGGAACGCUGAGUUACCACUAACGGCAGACUCGGUCAUUUCCGUCCUUGAGGCCUCCAGGCCCGAAUCUGUUGCUGCAGUCCCGUACAUGCUGCAAAUAUUAGCGGACAAUCCUAGAGGAAUUGCCGCACUUCGAAAAUGCAAGAUCGUGACUUAUGGUGGAGCGCCUUGUCCAGAUGAGCUGGGUGAUCAUCUUGUUCGAGAGGGUAUCCCGUUUGCUGGGUCCUUUGGCUUAACGGAAGCUGGACUAGUUGCCGAAUCAAUCUCUCGACCGGAAGGUGAUCCUUACUGGAAUUAUUUGAAAUUCUUCGACAAUAUUCAGCCUUACAUAUGGAUGAAGCCUAUUGGUGACUCGCUCUAUGAGUGUGUUUAUCUUUCAGGGCAUCCAGCAUUAACAACCUCGAACUCAAAUGAACCACCAGGCUCAUUCCAUUCUAAAGACGUGUUUACUCCGCACCCUACGAUUCCAAAUCGAUGGAAAUAUGCUUCGCGACUGGAUGAUCGAAUCACCCUUGUAAAUGGAGAAAAGGUUCUGCCACUUCCUAUUGAGGGUCGUAUCAAACAACAUACUCUCAUACACGAUGCAGUCGUGGUUGGAAUAGGACAGGCGGUCCCCGGUCUUCUGGUCUUUCAGACUCAACAUGCACAGAACAUGUAUCCUUCAGAAGAAGAGUAUAUGGAUGAAAUUUGGGAGGCCAUCAAUGCGGCCAAUUCAUGUGCAGAGAACUUUUCGCAAAUAUCUCGAGAUAUGAUUGCCGUAUUGCCAUACGACUCACCAGUUCCACGAACGGAUAAAGGCUCAAUGAUCAGAGCGCAGGUAUAUCAACAAUAUGCGGAGCUUAUUGAAAGCAUCUACGAUCGAGAUGAAAAAUCAGAAGGGGAUAUUCAACUAUCCACUGAUGAGACCGAGACCCUUCUAAUGCAGCUGUGCCAGGAUCAUCUCGGUAUUAGCCUCUCAAGCCCAGAAGCAAAUUUCUUUUCCGAAGGAGUCGAUAGUCUCAAGGCAAUUCACCUCCGACGUCUAAUCCUCCAGAAUUUUCAGAUGCCUACGGACCUCUUUCCACGAAACGCUGUAUACGAAGCGGGAAGUGUUUCUAAGCUAGCUGAGCAAAUCUGUGCGUUGCAGAGUGGCGAGGACUUGAUCACAGAGGAGGACCAAAUCAGUGCGAUGGCAGAAUUGAUCCAGAAAUAUUCUACUUUCCAACAGCACAUUCCUCACGAUGUCCCAGCAAGUAAUCAAGCCACUAUUCUCACUGGAGCCACUGGCUCUAUUGGUUCGCACACUCUUCACGAACUUCUCAACGAUGAUUCCGUCUCAACGAUCUUCUGUCUAACCCGACAGGAAUCUCCUUUCGAGGCGAUUCUCAGUGGCCUCAUUGAAAAGGAGCUGUAUAUUACAUCAGAAGAACAAGUAACGAAAAUUGUUGCACUGACUGCCCAUCUUGACCAGCCAGAUUUCGGCUUGGACCAAACGAUCAUGACUCACAUGCGCAGCUCAGUCACUCAGAUUCUCCAUGUCGCGUGGCCAGUGGAUUUCAAUCUUACGUUCACUCAAUUUGAGCCGCAUAUUAAAGCACUGCAUAAUCUCAUCCAGUUCUCGCUAUCCGUUCAUCAACCCCAACCCGCCACUGUGAUGUUUUGUUCAUCCGUUUCCACAGCUCUUGGUGCAAAUUUCUCUGAAAUCACAGAAGGUCCGAUGGCCCUGGAUACUGCUUAUAUGGGCUACGGGCGGUCUAAAUUGACAGGAGAGCACAUUAUCAGUGCUGCCCGUCAAACAGGUGCAAGAACAUACUCACUUCGAAUUGGACAGGUGUCCGGCCAUUCAAAGAAAGGGCUAUGGAAUGACACCGAGUCUCUUCCACUCAUGAUUCGCUCAGCCUUGACUCUAAAAGCCUUACCCGAUCUACAAGAGAGUUGUUCCUGGCUACCUGUUGACAAGAUGGCCGCUAUCAUGUUAGAGUUAAUGAGAACUUGCUCAGCGUCGACCAAAGAAACAUCGAACGGCAUACCAUGCCUGGAAAUAACAGAGAAGUUUGAAGAUGAUUCAGUUUACAAUGUGUGCAACUCACGUGUUUUCUCUUGGUCCACUCUUCUCGAAUCACUUGCUCGAAAUGGGUUCCAAUUCGAGGUCGUCCCAUUCGAGAAAUGGUUAGAUCUUCUUCGAGAAAGUGAAGCGAAAGGCGAGGAAUAUACGAACCCUGCUAUCAAAUUGAUUGAUCACUAUGAGGCUAUGUACGGGGCGAAGUCGUCGUCUCUCCUUACACCAAAGACUUUUGUGGUGGAGAAAGCAGAGCGUGACAGUCUUACACUACGGAACGGUCGGUUGAGAAUCAUUGAGGAUGGUAUUCUAGACUGCUAUGUUCGUGACUGGGUUUCACGGUGGAUGAGAUCUUAG